AUGAAAGCGCUCCUAUUAUUGGCUUCAACACUGGGCGACUGGGACGACGCGAACAACUGUCACGCGGAGGCGGAGAUCCUGUGGCGUGUGGUUAGGCGAUGGAAUCCAGAGGGUGAGGACGCUGUGCUCGAUACGUACAUGGACGAUGUGCGCGAACAUAUAGACGAUGUGCGCGCCGAUUUGGAGCGGACUGAGCAUGACGACGACGUGGAUGACGAUGGCGCGGCGCACGAGGAGCAAGUGAAUGAUGCGACUGCCGCCAUGGAGACCCUUGAACUGCCCGAUGAUGAGAUGGAAGUUGAACCGCCUGUCGGUGUCCCCGCUACCGAGGUUGCUGCGCUUGCCGGCGGUGUUCCCGCUAUCAAGAUUGCUGCGCCUGCCGAAGGCGGAAGUGGAACUGCAGAUGGUGCUGAACCUCAGGCUCCUCGGGGCCAAGGAUGA